AUGUUCAACUGUACAUUUAUAUCAGCACCUGUUUCUUACUUUGAUGUCCAUCAAUUCAACAAGUACACACAAACAGUAACUUGCAUUGAUUAUGGUUAUGGCUUUGUCAACCACACUCUUUCUUCUUGCAUCGUCGUUGUCUUUGCAACCUUCAUCAUCUUCAUCAUCAUUGAGAAUGGGGUCUUGCCUCUCAGUGGAAAAUCCAGAAGAUAUUCUCAUCUCACCAAAUGCGAUAUCUCUGCUGGCUUUUUAGCCAUUGGUCAGAACGCUUAUUCCUUUGCAAUAUGGUUCACGGAACCUCAUUUCCACAGCCCCAACACGGUCACCUGGAUGGCAAACCGUAACCUUCCCGUCAGUGGAAAACGCUCCAAACUUUCCCUCACACGCCAUGGCAACAUAGUCUUGGUUGAUGCUGCUUUUAACACUGCAUGGUCCUCAAACACCGAUUCAUUAGACCCAGUAGAGUUGCAUCUCAAAGAUGAUGGCAACCUUGUGUUACGCGGCCAGCUUCAAGGAACCGUUCUGUGGCAAAGUUUUUAUUUCCCCACUGACACCCUCGUUCCUGGUCAACCUCUUACCAGAUACACACAACUUGUGUCUUCAAGAAGCCACACUAACCAUUCAUCCAUCUGUUUCUAUAAGAUGUUCUUCGACGAUGAUAACAUUCUUCGUCUUGUAUAUGAUGGCCCUGAUGUUUCCAGCAAUUACUGGCCAAGUCCCUGGCGAGUAAGUUGGGAUGUUGGUAGGACUUUAUUCAAUAGCAGUAGAAUUGCUGUGUUGAAUUCUUUUGGGGUUUUCUAUUCAUCAGAUAACUUCACUUCUGUAACAUCAGAUUAUGGCACGGUGCUGCAGAGAAGGUUGAAAUUGGAUUCUGAUGGUAAUGUCCGAGUGUAUAGUCGAAAUAGGGUGUUAGAGAAAUGGCAGGUUUCGUGGCAAGCUAUUACUGAUGGUUGCUUGAUUCAUGGGGUUUGCGGAGCCAACAGCACUUGUGGUUAUGAAUCUAAAAGUGGGAGAAAUUGUUAG